GGACCUGCGGAGUACCAGUGCGAAUAUGUCGGUGAGUCGCGGAGGUACAUGCUGCGUCGAGAUGAUAAAAUCUACCGAAGCCCAUGAAAAAGUCUUCUUCGGUCGACCCCUUCUCCAGAUCCAUUGAAGCAGCAUUGAGCCAUGGCAGCCCUCGCAAUAGGCAUUCUCGCCCUGGUGGCCGUGCCAGGAGUAGCAGGCACCUUUCCAGAUUGCGUGAAUGGUCCCCUGAAGAACAACACCGUGUGUAAUACCGGUGCUCCUGCCGUUUCCAGAGCUCAGGCCUUGGUCGCUGCUUUGACUAAUGCUGAGAAAUUCAACCUCACCGGCAACACCUCACCAGGAGUUCCACGACUGGGUCUACCGAGUUACCAGUGGUGGCAAGAAGCGUUGCACGGGGUUGCAUCUUCUCCUGGCGUCAACUUUAGCACGUCUGGGAACUUCUCCCAUGCCACUUCCUUUCCGCAACCCAUCCUGAUGAGUGCUGCCUUCGAUGACGCAUUGAUCCAUGAUGUUGCCACUGUUGUUAGCACAGAAGCGCGAGCAUUCAAUAACUUCAACCGAGCCGGACUGGACUUCUGGACACCCAAUAUCAAUCCCUACAAAGAUCCAAGAUGGGGCAGAGGUCAAGAGACGCCCGGAGAAGAUCCUUUCCAUCUCAAAUCAUACGUUGCCCAGCUCAUCGACGGUCUUCAAGGAGGUCACGACCCGCCCAUCAAGAAGAUUGUGGCAACUUGCAAGCAUUUCGUGGCAUAUGAUCUCGAGGACUGGGAGACCGCCGAUCGGUACAACUUUGACGCGAUAGUAUCAACUCAAGACCUUGCGGAGUAUUACAUACAGCCUUUCCAGACGUGCGCAAGGGACGCUGCUGUGGGCUCCAUCAUGUGCUCCUACAAUGCGUUGAACGGAGUUCCCACCUGUGCGGAUCCGUACAUUCUGCAGGAUAUCCUGAGAGAGCACUGGAACUGGACUGGUGAUGGCCACUAUGUGACCUCGGAUUGUGAUGCUAUCCAGAACGUCUUUUCGCCUCAUUACUAUACGUCGACUCGCGAGCAGGCUGUGGCCGAUACCCUGAUUGCUGGUGCGGAUUUGAACUGCGGAACUUAUUAUCAAACAUGGCUCCCCGAAGCAUACGCCGAAGGUCUGUUCAACCAGUCUGUCAUCGAUCAAUCCUUGGUCCGCCUGUACCCAGCUCUUGUCAAGCUGGGUUACUUCGACCCUGCCUCGGCAACUCCCUACCGCUCACUUGGCUGGUCUGAUGUCAGCACACCAGCUGCGGAAGCAUUGACACUCAAAGCCGCUGAGGAGGGCAUCGUGCUCAUCAAGAACAAUGGUGCUCUGCCACUGCAAUUGCCAAAGGGCCGCAACACUACCAUAGCACUCUUUGGUAGCUGGGCCAACGCUACCACCCAGAUGCAGGGCAACUACUUCGGUAUUGCUCCAUAUCUGCAUUCACCACUUUAUGCUCUUCAACAGUUGCCCAAUGUCACUGUUCAGGAAGCAGGCGGCUUUGGCUUCCCCACGACUGGAAGCUGGGAAACGAUCCUCGCCCAAGCCAACGAGAGCGACAUCAUCAUCGUGGCCGACGGGAUUGACACGAGCGUCGAGUCUGAGAGUAUGGAUCGAUACACCCUCGACUGGGCGGCUGGAACCCUCGACCUCAUCAACCAAUUCGCCACAUUGGGAAAACCACUCAUCGUUUUACAAAUGGGAGAUCAGCUUGACAACACGCCCUUGCUGACCAACCCAAAUGUUGAUGCCAUUGUCUGGGGUGGAUAUCCAGGCAUGUCCGGAGGAGAUGCUCUUGUCAACAUCCUGACCGGAAAAGCCGCGCCCGCAGGACGUCUCCCUGUCACGCAAUAUCCUGCCGACUAUGUCACGCAGGUGCCCAUGACCGAUAUGAGUCUCCGACCGAACGCUACCUCAGGCAACCCAGGCAGAACAUAUAUCUGGUACCCCGACUCGGUCCUGCCAUUCGGCUACGGUCUGCACUACACCAACUUCAGCGUCUCCGCUGCGCCGCCUGGUAAUACAAGCUACGACAUUUCGUCGCUAGUCUCGAGCUGCAACAAAGCGACAUAUGCGUACAUGGAUCUGUGCCCGUUCGAGUCAUACAACGUCACGGUCAAAAAUACGGGAAGCGUCACUUCGGACUUCGUCACGCUCGGCUUCAUCAGCGGGCAGCAUGGACCCCAGCCCUAUCCGAUCAAACAGCUCGUCGCGUAUGAGCGGUUGUUCAACGUCACGGGUGGUGGUUCGGCGACUGCAUCGUUGAAUUUGACGCUUGGUAGUCUCGCACGCCGCGAUGAGAAUGGGAACUUGGUCUUGUAUCCUGGAGAUUAUGGGCUGUUGAUUGAUGUUCCGACUUCGGCGACGCUGAAUUUCACGUUGACCGGAUCUCAAGCCGUGUUGGAUCAGUGGCCUCAGAGACCGGCUCAGGGGUGAUUGGCACCGGUGAGAACAGACGCUGGAGGCAGUAAGAGGGUCGAAGCAUAUAUGGUGAACCCUGCGAAAAUAUAUGAGACUGUACAUAGUCUAUGAGAUGAUGCGAGAGAAAUGCAGUGACAAUCAACCGAUGUCAUGGGCGUCCGCCCCAUCAGUCAACAUACUCGUAACGUUUAUCCCAACACCAUC